AGAGUUGUCGGACGUGUGGUUGUGGCCGAAGUGACAAAUUGAUUUUGUGCAACGAAACAAGGUUCCUUUUCUAUCUAUGGAUAUUUUUCACGUUUUCAGAGAAGCCUGAAGACAGAAGCAGCAACAGUCGUCACACACUUGGAGAAUCCGAGCCCAGAACGAGCAACCGCGACGCAAAGGAACGACCUUGAACCUCGAGUGAUUCCGGUGGUUUUCGUGCACGCAGAUCACCCCAGACAAUCGCAAUGGCCACCCUAUCCUUGCGUAUCUCCAUCCCGGAGAAAAACGCCACGAAGAUGAUGCAAUUCGACCCGAGCACAUCCAUUUACGACGCUUGCCGUAUUAUCAGAGAGAAACUCGCUGAAGCGAGUAACAUGGGCCAACCGAAGGACUACGGAUUAUUCCUUGCCGACGAGGACGUGAAGAAGGGAGUAUGGCUGGAGCCAGGCCGGAAUCUCGAUUAUUACAUUCUGAGGAACGGCGAUCUGCUCGAGUACCGACGCAAACUGCGGACCCUUCGGGUGCGCAUGCUGGAUGGAACGCUGAAGACGUUGCUGGUGGAUGACAGUCAGCCCGUCGCCAAUCUCAUGGUAGUAAUUUGUACGAAGAUAGGCAUCACGAACCACGAUGAGUACUCGUUGGUACGCGAGCUGGCCGAUGAGGAGACCGAGAAUCAGAAGCCCGGCAAUUUCGGCACCCUCACGCUGAAGAGGAGGAAAGAGGAGAAAGGAGAGCGCGACGCGAAGAUGGAUCAGUUAAGGAAGAAGCUUAAGACCGACGACGAAGUGAACUGGAUAGAUCCUAGUAAGACGUUGAGAGAGCAAGGAAUAGACGAGUCAGAAACGGUGCUACUGCGGAGAAAGUUCUUCUUCUCAGAUCAAAAUAUCGACAGCAGAGAUCCGGUGCAAUUAUCUCUUUUGUACGUUCAAGCAAGAGACGCAAUUCUAGAUGGCACGCAUCCGGUUACUCAGGAAAAAGCUUGUACUUUUGCUGGAAUACAAUGCCAGAUCCAGUUCGGUGAUUACAAGGAAGACAAGCACAAGCCGGGCUUUCUCGAUCUGAAGGAAUUUUUGCCGCAGUCCUACUUGAAGGUGAAGGGUAUCGAGAAGAAAAUCUUUGCAGAACACAAGAAACACAUCGGCCUGUCCGAGCUUGAUGCCAAAGUGUUGUACACGAAGACAGCGAGGUCCUUGAGCACUUACGGUGUCACGUUCUUUUUAGUGAAAGAGAAAAUGAAAGGGAAAAACAAGCUGGUACCCCGUUUGCUUGGUGUCACCAAGGACUCUGUCUUGCGACUUGAUGAAAAAACGAAAGAAAUCUUGAAAACUUGGCCGUUGACUACCGUCCGACGUUGGGGUGCCUCUCCAAACACAUUCACACUCGACUUUGGCGAUUACUCUGAUCAGUAUUACAGCGUACAGACCACAGAAGCAGAACAAAUUCUUCAGUUAAUCUCUGGAUACAUUGACAUCAUCCUGAAGAAACAGAAAGCUAAAGAUCACUUUGGUAUUGAAGGAGAUGAAGGUUCAACUAUGGUUGAAGAUAGUGUAUCGCCUUUGAAAGCAACGAUCAUGCAACACGAAACGAGCAACGUUGGCAAAGGAAAUGUGGAAGCCGUGUCAGUUGCCAUACCCGCAGUUAUGAGAGUUGGUGGAGACGGGGCUCGACCAUAUGGAACCGGGCACAUGGGCGGUGCUCAAUACACGACUGUCAGCGGCCAGGUGAACAUCGCUCACGCUCCACCGAUGGUGCAACAAACCAAGGUUACAUCCGUCCUGUCCGAACCACAACGUGCCUUACUGUCGACUAUCACUGCUGGUCACGAGGUGAUCCACAUCGCGGAGACCGAGCUAUCCUGCAAGGCUCAGCUCCCGGAACUGGGUACCGAUCCAGCCUCGUUGAAAUGGAUCGAACAGACGAUCGAUACGCACAAGCAGAACGUUGGCUCCCAGAUCGCGGCGAUGAACGCUGCCACAGCUCAAGUGGUCACCCUGACAUCCGGCCCGGCCGACGACGUGGAUCACACAGCGGUUGGUGCAGCUAUUACAACGAUCGCCACCAAUCUCCCGGAGAUGACUAAGGGUGUCAGAAUGAUCGCCGCCCUGAUGGAUGACGAGUCUUCGGGAGACAAGCUGCUGGAUGCCGCGAGGAAGCUCUGCUCCGCAUUCUCAGAUUUGCUGAAGGCCACAGAGCCUGAAACUAAGGAGCCAAGACAGAACUUGCUGAAUGCUGCAUCCCGUGUUGGUGAAGCUUCACACCAGGUGCUGACAACCAUAGGUGAAGAGAAUGAUGCUAAUCGAGAGCUUCAAGACAUGCUAUUAGCCUUGGCUAAGGCUGUGGCUAAUUCAACUGCUGCUCUGGUGCUGAAAGCAAAGAAUAUUGCAGCUACCUGUGAGGAUUCUGCAACUCAAAAUCGUGUAAUCUCAGCUGCCACACAAUGUGCUUUAGCAACAUCACAGUUAGUUGCCUGUGCAAAGGUCGUGGCGCCAACUUUGCACUCUCCAGCUUGUCAAACGCAGCUAAUGAAUGCGGUUCGUGAAGUAACUAAAGCUGUUGAGGGUCUAUUAGAAGUCUGCAAUGAGACAUGCAGCGAUGAAAAUCUUAUGAAGGAGCUGAACGCGGCUGCCAGUGAAGUCAGUAGAACAUUAAGCGACUUGUUGAACCACAUUAAAACAGCUACCAGAGGAGAACGAGCCAAAGAAUCCAUCCAGGAAGGAGCAGUGGAGACUAUAUUAAUAGCUACUGAUAAACUGUUUGCUAGCACUGGAGAUGCUGGUGAGAUGGUGAGACAAGCAAGAGUGGUUGGUCAAGCAACAGCACAGUUGAUUCAAAGUAUAAAGGGUGAAGCAGAAAGGCAGACUGAUUCAGAACAGCAGCGUAGAUUAUUAGCUGCUGCCAAGGUGCUUGCUGAUGCUACUGCUAAAAUGGUGGAAGCUGCUAGACAAUGUGCUAGUAGUCCACAUGAUGCUAAAAUGCAAGAUCAGUUGCGUCAAGCUGCUGAAGAAUUGAGGGCAGCUACCACUGCUGCUGCUACUCCAGCUUUGAGAAGAAAAUUGAUCAAUAGACUAGAAGCUUGUGCCAAACAAGCUGCUUCUACUGCUACUCAAUGUAUUGCUGCUUCAACAGGUGCCGUUCAUCAUAAUACAAACCCAAGUAGUCAAGAGGAAUUGAAUAUAGAGUGUCACACUAUGGCACAGCAUAUACCACACCUUGUAGCUGGAGUGAAAGGAACACAGGCUCAACCAGAUAAUUCUACAGCACAGUUGAACCUGAUUAAUGCAUCUGAACAGUUCUUACAACCUGGUACUUCUGUAGUAAAGGCUGCCAGAGCAGUUUUACCAACAGUAACAGACCAAGCUUCUGCUCUACAGCUGAAUAACACUUCUCAGCAAUUGGGUGCUUCUCUAUCGGAUUUGAGAUCCGCUGUAACGCGUGCUAGGGAAGCUUGUGGUGGAUUAGAAUUAGAUGCAGCUGAAGAAUUGAUAAAUAGUUUGAAAGACGAAUUGGGAGAGUUCUAUAGAGCCGUAGAAGCUGCAUCUUUGAGGCCAUUACCUGAUGAGACAACAGAAACCACUGCUCUUCGACUAGGCGCCACGUCGAAGAACGUAGGAUUUGCUAUGGCCCAGCUCUUAUCUGCUGCUAAACAAGGAAAUGAGAAUUACACUGGAAGUGCAGCUAGAGAAACAGCAUCUGCUCUAAAAGAUUUGACUUACGCUGUUCGUGGAGUGGCUGCAACCUCAAAUCAACCAGAUACGCAGAAGAAGGUCCUGAUGACCGCUGAUGAUGUGAUUCUAAAGUCGUUAAGACUAGUCAAAGAAGCUAGAAGGGCUUUGAAAAAUCCUGAUAAUAUAGAUAAUGAAGCUAAUUUAGCUGCAGUUGCUAAGGAUGUAUCGAAUUCGCUGAAUAAGUGUGUGUCUUGCUUACCUGGACAAAGAGACGUAGAUGACGCAAUCAAGAAUAUCGACGAAAUGACUCAAGUCCUCGGCAUGAAUGAGUUCCCGCAAACCAAUAAAAGUUAUGGACAACUACAAAGUGACCUGAACAACGCAGCUGCAAACCUGAACGAUGCUUCUUCAAACGUAGUAUCAUCAGUGCGUUCUCCUGUGCAGCUGGCUAGUUCUUCAAAGCAAUUUACCAACGCUUUUGGAGACUUGUUGGGUGUUGGUAUGGAAAUGGCUGGCCAGACAGCUAUCGAAACCAGAAGCCAAAUGGUGGUUUCUUUGAAGAACGUCAGUAUGACAUCCAGCAAACUUUUAGUAACUGCCAAAUCCGUAGCAGCCGAUCCCAGCGCUCCAAACGCAAAGAAUCAGUUAUCAGCAGCUGCAAGGGCUGUAACAGAUUCCAUCAACUAUCUUGUUGACGUUUGUACUUCAGCUGCACCUGGACAAAAUGAAUGUGACAAUGCCAUCAGAAAUAUUCAGUCAAUGAGAUCGCUUCUUGACAAUCCUAGCGAACCAAUUUCUGAUGCAAGUUACUUUGAGUGCCUUGAGACAGUAAUGGAAAAGAGUAAGAGUCUUGGCGAUGGAAUGACAGGCAUAGCUAAUCAUGCAAAGAAGUCCGAGCAUGAACAAUUCUCAGUAGCUGUUAGAGGUGUCUCAUCAUCGAUCUGUGGAUUAAUAGAAGCAGCUGCUCAAGCCGCGUAUCUAGCAGGAGUAAGUGACCCAACAUCGGUGGCUGGAAAACCAGGCUUAGUUGAUCAGGCUCAAUUUCUCAGAGCUGCACAGGCUAUUCAUACUGGUUGUCAAAGUUUAGGAAAUCCCACCAGCACUGAACAACAAGUCCUCUCAGCAGCUACCAUGAUUGCUAAAUAUACAAGUGCUCUUUGUAACGCUUGCCGCGAAGCUUCAAACAAAACUAGCAAUCCUGUUGCCAAACGACACUUUGUUCAAUCAGCCAAAGAUGUUGCCAAUUCAACGUCAGCCCUAGUGAAAGAGAUCAAGGCGUUAGAUCAGGAUUAUUCUGAGGCUAACAGAGAAAGGUGUGCAGAGGCUACCAAGCCACUUUUGGAAGCAGUUGACAAUCUAUGCACUUUCGCUGGUUCUCCUGAAUUUGCAAGUCAACCUGCAAAGAUAUCUAUCGCAGCUAGGGCUGCUCAAGAACCAAUAACCAGCGCUGGUAAAGCUAUUAUUGAUGGUUCUUGCGCAAUGGUGCGAGCCGCCAAAAGCUUAGCAGUCAGUCCCAAAGAUCCUCCAACUUGGCAAUUAUUAGCAAAUCAUAGCAAGAGUGUUAGUGAUUCGAUCAAAUCCUUAGUUGCUUCUAUUCGCGACAAGGCACCUGGUCAAAAGGAAUGCGAUGCUGCGAUUGAAAAACUGUCAGCUAGGAUUCGAGAACUGGACGCUGCAUCCCUCAGUGCCGUUUCACAAGCACUCGUACCAAGAAGAGAGAACACUGUACAAGGAUUCACCGAUCAAAUGGAAAGUAGUGCUAGCGAGCUACGAGAAAAACUGGAGCCUCUUCGAACAGCUGCCAAAUACGAAGCCGAAAAUGUAGGACAUGCUGUGAAUCAGAUUGCUUUGUAUUGUGAGCCUCUAGUUUCUGGUGCUAUUGGUGCUGCUUCAAACAUGGUACACUCGAAGCAACAAAUGGUGCUACUGGAUCAAACAAAAACCGUCACUGAAUCUGCUCUGCAACUGGUCUGCGUAACAAAGGAGUCUGGUGGUAAUCCAAAGGCUAUCAAUCUACAUGCGGAAGUGGACGAAACAGUGGAAUCCAUGAAAGAUGCGUUACAAGAAUUACAAAACACUUUGGAGACAAUUUCAACAUCGAAUGGUAUCGUUACCGGAUUGAUUGAUACAAUUUCUCGUGCUAUGGUUAGAUUAGAAGAUCACAGAAUGUCUACGAUCGAUACCGUGGAUUCUUACGUGGAUUAUCAAACUAGAAUGGUGGAAGCUGCUAAAGAGAUUGCUCGACUAGCACAGGAAAUGUCCACAAAAUCUAGCACUGAUGUAGGCAGACUAGGCCCACUCGCAGUGGACAUCUCUCACAAGUAUACUCAGCUAGCCCGUGAUACAUCCGGAGCAUCAGCAGCCGCGUCUAACGCUGACGUAUCUGCAAGACUUCGAACAGGUGUUCAAGAACUUGGUAGAGCUUGUGCAGACAUAGUACGAGCAGCAGGAACAUGUCAGAUGUCACCAGGCGACGCUUACGCUCAACGAGAAGUAGCAGAACACAGCAAGAUCGUUACAGAAAAAGUAUCCCAGGUGUUAGCUGCUCUGCAGGCUGGUUCUAGAGGCACCCAAGCGUGCAUUAAUGCUGCAAGCACUGUGUCCGGCAUUAUUGGUGACCUGGAUACCACGAUCAUGUUUGCCACUGCUGGAACUUUGCAUGCAGAGAACGAAGGCGAUACUUUUGCUGAUCAUAGAGAGAAUAUCUUGAAGACAGCUAAGGCUCUCGUUGAAGAUACUAAGACACUAGUAGCGGGUGCAGCUUCGUCUCAAGAGCAGCUGGCAGUCGCAGCACAAAAUGCUGUUUCAACCAUCGUUCAACUCGCUGAAGUGGUCAAAUAUGGCGCGGCCAGUUUGGGUAGUCAGAAUCCCGAGGCUCAAGUAAUGUUAAUCAACGCGGUGAAAGACGUGGCUUCUGCACUUGGAGAUUUGAUACAUGCUACCAAAGCAGCUAGUGGGAAACCUAUCAAUGAUCCCAGCAUGGCACACUUAAAGGACUCUGCCAAGGUGAUGGUGACCAAUGUAACAUCCCUGUUGAAGACAGUGAAAGCCGUCGAAGAUGAACAUACUCGCGGUACCAGAGCUUUGGAAUCAACUAUCGAAGCUAUAGCGCAAGAAAUCCGCGCCUUGAACACCGCAGAAAUUCAGAAGACCAAUGUGACUCCAGAAGACCUUGUUCGUUGCACAAAGAGCAUCACUAUUUCAACUGCUAAAGCAGUGGCCGCAGGAAACAGCUGCAAACAGGAUGAUAUAAUUGCAGCCGCAAACAUGGGGCGAAAAGCUAUUAGUGAUAUGCUGAUCAUUUGCAAAGGAGCAGCUUAUAAUUGUGCAGAAACUGCUGAAUUACGAGAUAGAACACUUCAGGCUGGUCACGAUGUCGGUAUUAAUUACAGGGAAUUGCUGCAAGCUAUUUUACAAAUAUCUUCAAGAUCUGGUGAUGCAAAGCAUACUUUGCCUCCUAUUAGUAGGAAGAUUGCACAAUGUGUCACUGAAUUAGUAGCUGUUGCUGAAUUACUGAAGGGUAAUGAUUGGGUGGAUCCUGAUGAUCCUACAGUGAUUGCAGAAAAUGAGUUGCUGGGUGCUGCUGCCAGUAUUGAUGCUGCUGCUAAAAAGCUUGCUAGUUUAAGACCUAGGAGAAGUAUACAGGAGGCAAACGAAGACAUGAAUUUCGACGAAAUGAUCCUAGAAGCUGCCAAAUCAAUUGCUGCCGCUACAUCGGCACUUAUAAAAGCAGCCAGUGCUGCUCAAAGGGAGUUGAUAGCAACAGGAAAGGUUUCCCGAACACCUCUAACCAGUUCUGACGAUGGCCAGUGGUCCGAAGGACUAAUUUCUGCUGCGAGAAUGGUCGCAGCUGCAACCCAUAGUCUCGUAGAGUCAGCAAAUGCUUUGGUACAAGGUGUUAGCUCUGAAGAAAAACUGAUUUCGAGUGCAAAACAAGUUGCCAGUAGUACAGCCCAACUACUGGUUGCUUGUAAAGUAAAAGCUGACCCAGACAGCGAGAGCACAAAACGUUUACAAGCAGCUGGAAAUGCUGUAAAACGUGCUACAGACAAUUUAGUACGAGCAGCCCAGCAGGCUAUCCAACAAGAAGAAGAUAGAUCUUUGAUUUUGAACCGCAGAAUGGUCGGUGGUAUCGCCCAAGAGAUAAAUGCUAGAUCUGAAGUUCUCCGUAUCGAAAGAGAAUUGGAAGAAGCUAGAGGAAGACUCACUGCCAUUCGACAGGCCAAGUAUAAAAAUCGACCAGACUUAGCUGAUACUGACACAGAUGCUGAACAAAGCGGUUACGAGAGUUAUACAACCAGGUAUGAAACCAGAGCUUAUGAAACCCAGUCACAGAUGAAUUACAGCAUGUACCAACUGCAUUCUACAACGCACAAUAUGAGCCAACUUUCUGAUAGACAGACUCUGAUCAGUCCAGAAAAAGUCCAUUCUACACAAAGUACCUUAGAAAAAAAAAUGAAAGAGAAUCAAUAUCGAUCUGCAAUGGAAAGUCAAUAUGGAUCAGUUGAAAAAAAAUAUAAUGAAAAUCAAUAUGAAAGACGGUAUACCUCUGACAGCCCUUAUCUUGUCUCUGAUAAAAAAAUGACUAUGGAUAGUUCAUCUGGUCAAUAUAGUUCUAUUGAAAGGAAGAUCAAUCAAGAAAGUUAUAACACUGAAGCAACAAUGUUUACCAAUGUGCCUGAUCCAAGAAUUGACUGUUAAGAACAAAAGUGACAGUCCUCAAACGAGAAGAAAAGGGCUACUUCAUAUUGAAGAAAAAACAUGAAUAUGCAGAGAAACUUACAGAAAACGGAAGAACAAUGGCGGAUAUAAAAGUAGCGGUUCAUGAGGGAUUGGUUACUAAAUGUGAGCAGAAGGUUGAGGCUAAAACCAAGAAGAAUGUUCGAAACAAGAAAUAUGAAGGAAGUUUAAAAAACUCAUGAUCACAGUAAAUAAAACCGAAAAGAUAUGAAGAAAUUCUUGAGAUGUAAGGUUCGCACGAGCUUGGUUGUCGAUAUGUAUAAAAAUUGAUCGGGCCCUUUGCGAAACCAUGAGAACCGUAAAUGAAGAUAGGAAAGAAAAAGUGAAAAAACGUGUUGAUAAAUAUAAACGACAAAAUCAUGG